UCCGGUCGCCGCGACCAAGAUCGGCACCUCCCCAACCAGAAAGAACGGGGCCGGAGCAGAAGAUCCUUCGACGAGGCCGUGCCCGCAUCCACCCAACGGAAGCGAGGGAAAGUCCUCCGAGUCAAGCACGAACGAAACCUCCGAUGCAGAUGCCGGCGUUGACGCCGGAGUUUGGGGAGGAGCCUCUCUUCCGACUCCGGGGAGACCACGAUACGCCUAUCCUUCACUGGGACGAUGUCUGCAUAUCCGACAGUGAUGAUGAUGAUGACGACGAUGUAGCUGACUUGGACGACUUGGUCUUGGACGACGAUCAAGUGGUGACAGACGAUGAGGAGACAAAUUGCCAAGGGAAGAAAUUCCCUAUGGAAAAAGCCAGGCUAAUCGACAGGAUAUGGGUAGCGGGUGACAUGAAACGCAAGGAAGAACACCAGCAGCUGUGCAAGAUGCUUCUAGCACAGGGACAUACUCUUCCUCCUUUCCCUAUGAAAGUAUUACCUCAGGCGACAGGUCUAUGUGUUUUGCGGGGCGACUGCUACCACCGUCGUUACAAAACCCAUGAUACUUCUACCACUAAAUCAACUAUUGGUUUUCGCGAACCACAUCUGAUGCUACAGUUCUUCUCACUGUGUUUAUCAACCUCUGCAUCGUACCCUGUUAGUGUGUAUGGGAUAAUCGCCGUUCGGGAUGAAUUGGAGCCUAUGCGGAAUCACCUCUUUAACCGUCCCUGCAGAGAUGAUGCUGUCACCAUUGACAAGGAUUCCCUUAUCUUACCUCUUUGUAGCCCUCGUCGAGGAAUGUACUUGCUGGAUGAUGCAUUAGUAGAAGUUGAUCUCUGGGUAAAGGAGGAAGGUGAUGGAUCAGCGGACAAACAAAUACUUUCUGCGUAUGCUGAGAUUGAGGGCCGCCCAGGUUUUGAUAAAAUUCGACAUGGACAUGUUCGUAGUGGCCUGUUCAGCUUGGACAUAAGCUACAUAUUAUCUACACGAAGUGUUGAGGCUGUAAUACAAGUCUUUGCAGAGGUUGACGGUCCUCAUCACUUGAGAUUCGCUGCUUUCAGCAGUGGCUUUGAUCAUGAGAUUGUGUUGUUUGAUGAUAAGUUCAGUGGGACUAAGGUGCAGUUUCAGCAUGUAGUUGUGGUGAAGGCACAGGAAAAAUUGGAUGUUUGCUUAAAAUUGGGGCAAUCACUCUUUUGGUGGACUUUCCAGGAUGGAUAUGUGGGAGCUGUUAGGAAUCCUGAUGACUUUGUGUCAAAGUAUGGGCAGUUUGAUGUGAGGGUGUUCUUUGCUCCAAAGAACUGGUAUCCAGAGGAGUAAGUGAAGAAGACAUCCAAUGCUCUAAUGACUGUUUAUCUCCUAAUAAAGUACCACUUGAGUUUUCUUUUGUAAGCCCUCGUGGCAAAACAGCAGAAAUUUGAUGUCAGACUUGUGUGUGCCCUAGAUAAUGCUAAUUGGUUAACUGCACCGGAAGCUUAAGGUUUUGGUUUGUGUGAUGUAUAUGUAAUAUUUUAGGGUUUUGAUUGUGUUAUUUCCCCUAUAGCUUUGAUCUUCGGACA